CGGCGGGCCGGGGCCGAGGCUGAGGGGAGCCCGGGGUGGUUCGUCGGGUUCCUCUGCCCCCCGCCGGUGCUCGGUGGGAGCCGGUCCGGCGGCGGCCUCCCCACUCGGGAAGAGUUUACGGUUGGACUCGGUGGCCUUAAAGGUCUUUUCCCGACCUAAAUGAUGCAGGUGAGCGAGGCCUGGGCGCUUGGGCUCGGCAGUGUAAGAAGCGGCGGUGCGAAGCUUCUCUGCUAGCGUGUGUUUGCGGUGGAUGAAGGUGAACCUCGGCCUCGGACCCGUGGCGGGAAAGAAUGGCUGGCAGUCCUGAGAAUAACUCAUCCCUCUCCGUUCAGGAAGUCAUAUGCUCAGAAAGUUCCCAAGCAAUGAAGUCCCAGCAUGCUGAAGAAGCAAUCUUUUACACGAACUGCCGAGCAGCUUAUUUAACUGUUUUAAAAAGCAGUUUAGAAAAUAUUAAAUCAAAAGAACAACUCAGUUUAGUACUUCAACAGGCUGGAAGAAAUCCAUCUCAGAAGACAGUUAAUAAAUAUUGGACUUCACAAACGACUACACUGAAUUUUGAUGAUUUUUGUACUAUUUUAAAAAAAGAAAAACCAGCUACAAAAACUGAACUGCUCGAAGCAUUUAGAAAAAUAGACACAAAUAACACUGGAUAUAUUUUACACGAUGAACUUUAUAAAAUUCUUACAAUGAGAGGUGAAAGAAUGACUCAAGAUGAAGUGAGUACCAUUAUUAAACAAGCUGAUUUUAACUGCCAUGGCAAACUUGACUACAACAAGUUUUGUGACUUAUACAUGACAACCAGUGAGCAGUGCUGCAAGACUGCACGGCAGAAACUGGAAGUUGAUAGCCGAUUGAGGCAACAGCAGUUUGGAAGUCAAGCUGAAACUUCCUCUGAAGGGAUCACACCGCCAGUGUCAAAACCAUCACCAAGAAUCUCAGGGAAAACUGAUCACAAACUAGCACCAUCAAAAGGAGAUAGCAGAACUCCUUCAAGACCCUCAUCAGCUCAAAAUUGCAAAGCAUCCAUUUCUACCACUCUUAGCAUGGGUGCCAGCAGCAACAGAAACACAAAGCUAAUUGAGCCAGACACAAUGAAGGAGUGGCACUGUGCACAAUCCAAAGGAUGCUUCUACUUAGAAGAAGAUGGUGAAAUCAUUAGUCACAAGUACAAGUUGCACUUACCUCAAAGGUCUACAGUAUGUAUUACCAUCAAGCCUUUAAACAUUCGUCAGGUAGAAGGAAAAACUUGUCAAUGGUUGUCAGUGGAUACAGCUUUGUAUAUUCUGAAGGAAAACGAAACCCAAGAAAAUCUACAGCUUGUGAGUUUUACUGAACAACAAAACAAAGAGAUGUUUGGAUGGAAAGGGGAGCUUGGAUCAGGAGUAUAUUGGCUGCUCCCAUUCACAACAGGCUGCAGGUUGAAGAAGUUAAAAACACAGAUGACUGGAGAAGCAACACUGGUAUAUAGAGGUGAGGAUGGAGAACUGGCUCUGACCAAAGAGUUCCGAGCUGCUUUAUUGGAUAUAUUUGAAACAAUUGAUUUGGAUGGAAAUGGCCUUCUGAGUUUGGAGGAAUACAAUUUCUUUGAACUGAGAACUAGUGGUGAGAAAUGUGAUGAAGAAGCAUGGACUGUAUGUAAGGAGAAUUUUGAUAUGAAGAAGAAUGAGCUAACAAGACAAGGAUUUAUGGAUUUGAAUCUCAUGGAAGCCAAUGACCGUGAAGGGGAUCCUAGUGACCUCUGGGUGACUUUAUUGUCUCUGGGCUACAAUAAAGCAUUAGAAAUGACAGAGGCAUGCCCCUUUGUCAUUGACAUCUAUGCAGAAAAAUGCAAACCCAGAAUUAAAGCCAUAUAUCUAGAGGCAGGGAGCUCUCAACUCAACAGGGCUGUUUGCAAGUCUGUUGUUAAUAAAGGAGAGGCCAAAGUAAUGGAUGGCUGUGAAAACAUAAUCGUCUAUACCUACAAAACAGGCAGGAGAAUCACUUCUGUUAUUGAAAAUAAGUCUGAAAACAAAGUAAUUAUUCAUGUCAACAACGAGCAGAGUAAGAACUGCCUAAGUAACAGGGGACUUACUGUUUUUGCUGUGGAAGUGGCACCAAAAUCCAUGAUGGUUUCGCAGCAUGUGAUGCCGCUGAAUGAGCACGAAGAAUGGCUUUAUAAUUGUGUGCAUUCCCUCUUACGUUAAACAUUCUAGUUAGAGGGCUGUUUCUUGGCAGCAUUCAGACUAAACCAGGAAUUUUUUUUGGCAGCUUCUAGACAUAGUCUUGUCCUUCUUAAAAAGCUGGCAUACACUUACACUUCGCAGAGUUUGAUUUGUUAAAGCAAAUGAAUCACAAGUACUUAACUUAUUUCUGGUUUCACACUUCUCCUAAUAGCUUUUAAGAAACAUGUAUAGAGAUAGCUUAGGGAUGGAAUAAGUGUAAGUAUAUAAAAUGCUUUGACAGAGUAGAGUAUUCAUCACACAUGGUCUAAUGAAAUACACUGGCAUGAAAACAUUGAGACACAGUAAAAAUUAGUGCUGUUCAGUAAUAUAGCUGACAGUUGUAAUAUAAUUACAUUUUAUAAGGACUAGUUUCCCUAAAUAUGCUCUUGUUUUCUAUAACGUGUAAUGUAGUUCCAUUGCAUGCUGGAACUGCUUCACUGAGGAAAAACUUACUUUGUUAAAUGGGUCUGAUGGAUUCCAAAUUAAACAUUCUCACAGUUAUGAUGUGAGAAGUAUAAAGAGGUGGCAUUCAUGAUAAAGGAUUUGGUUCUUUCCCUUUCUUUUUUUUUGUCAUUUGAUGAUAAUACUCAUCUUACACUUGUUCUGAGUAAUUACUGCCUGUUUUUUAUACUCUUUUAUAUAAAAUAAAGUCUGCCUUUUCAUAUGCGAUAAGGAAAUAACAUUGUUUGAGGAAAAUUAAGGUUUGUCUUGGGCUCUUGACUGUUAACAGCAAUUAAUUAUUUCCAGGGUAGCUGAAACAAGGUGACUGAAGUCCACCAAGUUUAAGCUGCAAUAGCAAUGAAAACCAGCUUUGAGGUACUACAAAUAUUCAGCCCAUUAUGUUUUUCUGGUUCCUCUAAAUGUCUGUUAAUGUGGAAAAAAAUGAUGACCCUGGCCACUGGAUGCUUAAAAAGUGUCUGAGUUUAAAAUAGACAUUAAAUGUACGUGACCUCAUCUGCAAGGGCAGCAAGUAGUCUUGAAAAGCUAUAUUUAUCUGCCAGCAACUCCUGUACACUGCUGUUGCUCUGCUGUAAUUGUACCCUGGGCAAGUAAAUGUCAGUUACAAAAUGAGA